AUUUCUGAUGGUAUCCAAAAGCAGUAAGUCUAGAUAUAUGGAUGGAAACAGAAUUUCUGAAUUUUGAAAAAUAUGGAAAGAAAGUAAGCAAGAUGGGAAGAACAAGAAUUAGAUACUCUAUAUCAAGCAUAGUCUCUAAACUUUUCUCAGAUGAGGUGAAAAAUAGCAUGAACCAAACUGCGGAUUCUAGCUCAAGCAAAGUAUCCUCUUUGAAUUUUGUAGAACUAAAAGAGGCAUCUUGCCAAUUCUGUCGAUUCUUUAUGCUACUUUAGUUAAAGAUAAAUGAAAGAAAGAAUAUGAUGCUUCAAAACGUUAGUGUCUUUGUCUCCACUUGGUUGCUUCUCUUUUAUUGCUUGUUUAAGCUUAUUCACUUCUUCAACAAUGGCUUCUUGCAAUGGAUUUGUGCGGCGGAUGGUGAGUCUGCCUAGAAGUAUUGUAGGCGGAUUUUCAAGAGUAAUGGGUCAUAAUAUAGGUCGAAUAGGAAGCGGAAGAAGAGAUCAAAAUAAUAAUCUACCAUUAAAUUUUCAAUUUCAAUCUUCACUACAAGGACAAGACCCUUCUCUACUUGCACCAGAAGAGUGGGCUUUUCUAUCCACUUUUGAGCAACAAUUUGGCUCUAUACAUCCUUUCUUUUAUCCUUGUCGUUUUACGGAGGCUUUAAAGAUUGCAGAGAAUGAACAAAAGUUCAUGUUCAUGUAUCUUCACUCACCUCAACACCCUUUUACUCCCUCUUUCUGUAGGGAGACUCUUUGUUCUGAUUUGGUUGUUCAGUUUCUCGAUGCAAAUUUUGUUUGCUGGGGAGCAAUUGCUGAUAGAGGAGAAGGUUUGCAAAUUACUGCAACCCUGCAGCCUGCAAGCUUUCCUUUUUGUGCAGUGGUAGCUCCUGCUGCUGAUAAUAGCUUAGCAGUGCUUCAACAGAUGGAAGGGCCAGUUUCCCCAGCAGAAUUGGUGGGGAUUCUACAGAGGACAAUGGAGGAGCAAGGAUCAGCCUUUGGCCAUGCAAGAGCAAAGCCAGAUGAAGAGAAGAUUAGAGCAAAAGCCAAAGAAGAGGAGAAGAUAAAAGCAGAUCGUCGCUUAAGAGAAGAGCAAGAUGCAGCUUAUCUUGCAGCUUUAAAGAUAGAUAAGGAGAAGGAAAAUCCCAAGAAACCGGUUCAUCAUCGUGAAAGCCCUAAGCAAUAUGCAACAGCAGCAACACAGAAACUGAAAGAAACUCAAUUUAAAGAAUCUACAAGUAGGUCUAAGGAUCCUUCUCAAGUAACACAGAUUUUGAUACGGUUUCCGAAUGGAGAAAGAAGAGAGCAGAGCUUCCUCUGCUCAAAUAAGGUCCAAUCAAUCUACAAUUACAUUGAUUCACUAGGGCUACCUGGGAUUUUGAACUACAGAUUGAUUUCAAGCUUCCCUAGAAAAGUUUAUGGCUUUGAUCAGAUAGGAAUGACUCUUAAAGAAGCUGGACUCCACCCUAAAGCAACUCUUUUCCUUGAGCUUCUGUAACCAUAUAAUUGCUGUUAUAUAUACAUGUACAAGAUAAACGUCUUUCAUAUUUUAAUAAUACCAUUAUAUCAAAAUGAAUUAUACGAUCUUGACUUA